AUGGGGAUCCAACAAAAACAGAGGUCAACCCUGCAAGAACUGCUAGAGUUCCAGCCGGGGUGGAAUGCUCUUGAGAAGGCGGCCUACACAAAGCUCCCCCCUCCUCCACCCACCCAAACCCUCCGAGCUGACCUUGCUGACCAUAAGAGGAAGAGGGAGGAAUGGGCCAUCCAAGCCACAUUUAGGGCCAAGGAGACAGUGAAUUAUUCCCAUCGAAAAAUGAAGGAAGAAGAAGGGAGAAGGAUAGCAGCCAUGGAUGCCUUCCACGUAGCCGAAAAAAUUAAUCAAGAGCUCAAAAGAAAGUUGCUAGAAGAGGAGAGGGAAAGGAAAAGUGCUGUAGCUGCCCUAGACAAUAUUGAAAGGCAAGCUGAAGGCCAACGGGUGCUUCUUUGCAAUGUCAAGGAUCAGCUAGUCGCCUCCAAAAAGCAUAUCAUUGCCUUGAAGAAAAAAUUGGAGGAGGUCGAAAAGGCCAAGGAUCAAGCAAAAAAGGCCCGAGAGGAGGCAAAGAAAGCUAGGGAGGAGGCCGAGCAACAAGGGUAUGACAUCGGAGUGGCUGACACCAAGGAAGCCCUUAGAGCUGAGGUCUUGGGGGUAUAUAGGACCUAUUGCCUCCAAGUAGACACCCCUCUCGAGGUUGCAGAUCUCGAAAAGAGGAGCCCUAACGAGGUCCCUCCCUCCUCUAGCAGCCUUCCAAAAGUGGCUGAGCAACCUGGGGUGAAUGGAAAAGGCGCCGAGGUGACUAAGGGAUUGGCCCCUAAUGCCACCAAGCCCUCAGUUGCUCCCCAGGAUCCCACCAGAGAUAAAGAGGCACCCAAGAUGGAGAUUAUUCUUGCAACUCUUCCAAUACCCGCCAAAGGUGACCCCAAAGGCACAGACUAG